GUCAGUGUUGCCCGGGUUUAUUACAGUUAAGCAUCGCUGGGAUGUACACGGUAAACGAACUCCAAUGGCGUCUGCGGAGUGCUUUCACCCCCUGCAAGUGAGGAGCACCGACGCCGGUGACACAAGCUGCGGCCCCCGGCUGGAGUUGCGAGGGAACGGCUGCUGGAGCCGGGAGAUUUCAGCACCACGGACAGCUCCGCGGCUGGGCGGCGAGCAGGAGCAGGAGACUUCCUUCAGCAACCCACCCGCGGCCAACGACACAGGACACGGCUUGGGGGCUGUGCCCACCCACAGCACCCGGGACAGAGCCCAGGAGACAUCGCCCCGCUCCGAGGAGGAGCCGGACUCCGAGGGAGCUGCUCAGUCGGUUGAUUAUGGCUUCACAGUGGCGCUGGUGUUCCUGGUGGCCGGUAUCACGUUGGUGGUUAUCGCUUAUGCCAUCCCGAGGGAGUCGAAGGUGGAUCCGGACACGGUGACAGCACGGGAGAUGGAGAGGCUGGAAUUACAUUACGCUUUGUUAGGCUCUCACUUGGACAAAUGCAUCAUCGCCGGCUUGGGGCUGCUGACACUGGGGGGGAUGCUGCUGUCCUUGUUACUCAUGGUCUCUAUCUGCAAAGGUGAGUUGUACGGGAGAAGGAACUUUAUGGUCAGUGGCAGAACCAGAAAGACCUAUGGGUCCAUAAACCUGAGAAUGAGACCCACAGACGGCGAGGGACAUCAAUCCCUGGUGGAGUCUGAGGUUCUGCAGCCCUCUGAGAACCUGAGCCAGACCGGCUCCUGAACAAUCUCUGUCUGCUAGCUGCAAAUGUCGUUCCUGUGAGAGCUAUUCUAGACAGCCCUCGUCCAGAGAGUAUUUAAGCAUGUGUUUGUUCACGGAUUAUGCGAUAGGGUGCAUCGCCACACACUCUGCAUUGAGCCAAUGAACCGAAUUUCAGAAUUUGACUUCCCCCUGAGCCUCAGCCCAGUCUCCGGGAGUCAGUCCCUGUCCAGGGAGGAGUUAGGCUUAAAUUUACGUUGACUGUUGAGAUGUGUGAAAACGUCUGGGUGUGUGGGUGGGUGGGAGGGGGUCUCCACCUAUCAAUCCUACACAUAUGAGUAACUCUACAACUCUGCCUCAAACACUGAAUUGAUUGGGUGGCUUAACAUAAUGCAGCAUUACUACAAAAUGGAACAUGUCCUGAAUCCUAUACAGAUUGCACCCCAGGCUGAUAAAAUACUAAACAGAAUGGAUUCCAGACAGGCCAAAUACCAGAUAGAUUACAUUCUAAAUAGAGUGGAACUUACACAGGCGCAUUGCAUGCCAGAGAAUCAACUCUCUGCACAGUUUGGAUUCUUACUGCAACUACAUCUGUGUAGAUAAGAUCCCAGAGAAAGGCAUUUCAGGUAGACUGUAUCUCACACAGACUGGACCCCACAGCAAUGAUGUCUCACACAGACUGAAUCCCACACAGUUUCAAGCAACGAGUUAAUACAACCUGAACACCAUACAGACUGGAUCACUCACAGACUGGGUAUACUGUGCACUAAGUCUUGCAUGGAAAGGGCCUCAGCAAAAUAUUACUGGCACUCUAAAUGAAAGUGUGGUCCAGUGUAUUAUAUUACAAUGUAAUACAAAUCCCUUAUUUGAUGCGAGUAUUUAACGGCUGAAGUAACAUUUUAAACUCUUGUCUGUAAGUUGGCAGGCAUAGGGUUAUGAUUAUUUUUCUUUUUAAAUGAUGCAUAAUGGAACAGCAAUUUAUAGUAUUCAAAAUAAUCUUUACUUAUAUAAGAAAACAUAUCCAAUAACUUAAUGUGGGUAAGUUGAAACUCUAGUAUAGCAACAGAGGGGAGUUUUUUAAAUGGGAUUUUCCCUAUUGUUCUGAAGACGAAUUAUGGAAAGUUUGGUAAAAUGAGAUAAUAUGAGACUUUUGUGUGAAGUUUCAGCAAGCAAGUGGGAGACCUUCAUUGAAAAUCAGCCCUAGUGUAUCAGGCAGACCAGAAGGUUCCAACCCUUAUGAUUUAUGCUGAGUUGGUCAAUCUCAUUUAAGGUGGGACCAGUUCCCAAGACCAUAAAAUAGUGUUGAAAAUAAUGCAUUCUCAAGUUUUUGAGUAUCUCUGGCAAGGGCAACAUUUUUUUUCCCUAUUCCUGGUUGCUCUUGAGAAGGUUGCUGACAGGUUGCCUUCCUGAAAAACUGCAAAUGUUUGGUGGAAGUGUUCCCACAAUGUUGCUCGGCAUGAAGUCCUAGAAUGUUGACACUGUUUCAAUGAAGAAUUGAUAAGGAUCUCCAUUUGGUCCAUUCCAGCUUACCUGCGUAGGAAAUUCCAAACAAUCCAGCAUCCACCAGUUUCUUGAAUAAUUUGUUUUACAUUUUUCAGUUAUGAUUCUUUCUGGAAAUCAAUGUAUCUAUUGACCAAAUUUCUGUGAAAUUUAACUUCCUAACAUAUGCCAUCUGUCAUUACCUUGAAUCUGCCCACCUUACCUCACCAUUGUAUUUAAUCUGAAGUUGGGCAUAAUUAUUUUCUAUAAUUACGUUCUGCAUAUAAUUUACAGAGUCAUCUUUCAUGCACCUUUAACAUAAGAAUUUGCCUUUUAGCUGUACCCUGUAGCAUAUCUCCUUUGGUUUCCUUUAGCAUUCCACAACUAGUUUGAUUACUCUUGGGAUAGAAAAUAGCCAAGGUUUUUGCUCUUGAUUACUGUCCAGUGAUUCUACCCCGUGGCUGAAAACUCCAAACCUAUGCUCAGUUUGUUCAUGCUCACACAUAAUAAGCUUUGAAGAGAUGCAGGCUCCUAGAAGCCAUCAAACUGUACAGAGUCAUCACUUUUAAGAGAGGAGAUAACCUGAAAAUUUCACAAAUUUGUUUGGUUAAGACUUGCUAUAAUGUUACUUCACAGUAACCUUUACAGCAUAUAUACCAAUGUUUUGUUCCUGUUGGUUAAAACAUACAACUUUGCAGAAGAUUGUAACAGCUCAAAAUGAUACAUUACACAGAUUUUAGUUUUUAAUAAUUUAGUAACUCCUUAUCUCAGAAAAUGUAUUAUAUAAAAACUCUAAAGUAUGCAAUUGACCUGAGGCCAUCUUGCAUUUAGAAAAUUUCAGUAUAUACUGUACAGCACAUGGAUUCUAUACCAAAAUGUAUUGUUAUAUUCUACUGUCUGUUACAUAUCAUAGGGCUUCUAAACAGACUGUUAGCAGGUAGAAGAUUGAGGUUUUUUUUUACUUUUUUAAUGGUGCAAUAUUUCUGAUGUGUAAAUAUCUUCUGAGGCAUACAUUGCCCAGAGGAAAGAGCAAAGUGUUCUCUUGUAGUAAGCGGCAGUACGCUUUUGAUAAAAUACUGCAAGUCCUAAGCUGCAGGUUUUGUUAUAUGCUUGAUAAUUUGUUGCAAUGUUUUGAAGUUUAUUCAUAUGUUUGUUAUGUUUCUCUGCAUAAUCACUUUUUAAACACUUUUUAAUCAGACAUACAUUGUAUAUUCAGUGUUCUGCCGUGCCUACAAAAACUAUGAGACAAUAAAAAUAAAAAUGGAAGAAUCUAUUGGCAUGACUUUUCCAAUU